UCUUUCUACAGAACCAUAAAAAAAUGAUGAAUCCUGGGCAAGAACACACAAACAAACUGUCGCACGAGCUGGCRAACCGACMACUGUCCCUGGUCGUUAUCGAGACRGGUCUGUUGGUCAUCAUAGCACUARUAGCUCUCCUUGGUAACACAUGUGUUUUGUACGURUUCUACAAAAUGCCAAGUCUACGGCGCCCAGUUACAAGCUACUACAUCAUUACAUUAGCUAUUUCUGAUAUACUCAUGGCAGUCCUCGUAAUGCCGUCAACGAUCGUAACGUGUUCGUAUGGUCGGGAUGUCGUCGGAAAACCAAUCGGACCAGUGGUUGGAGUUACUGGCUAUACCCUUGUUUUCGGAUCACUUCAGACUACKUCACUAAUUGCGGUGAACCGGUUCUUCUGUGUUGUUAAAAGGAAAAUUUAUAGAAAGUAUUUUAAACCAAACUURGUUAUUAUAACCAUCGUUAUUGUAUGGAUUUUAGCCAUCUUGAACACUGUGGGAAUAAACGCUAGUGGCUURUCGAAAAUGGCCUWCUCCCCAGGACGGCUAAUCCACGCGUUAACUCCGAAAAAUAAAACUACGAAYCAGGUGUUCUCGAUCGCUUCRCUACUUGUGUUUUUGUURUUACCGAUGUCUUUGACAGCUGUGUGUUACUGGAAGGUGUACAAAACAGUGAARACUCACAAGGCGACAGUAUCCUCGAGYAUCAAUUCCAMCAACACCUUAAGCAAUGAAGAGAUCAGYAUCACUAARWCUGUCCUUGCYAUUGUAUGUGGUUUUGUCUUAUGUUGGAUUCCAUGUUCUAUAGUGGUUCUCCUAUCGGUAUAYGUAGACCUCCCUCGACAUGCYGAGAUGAUUUUUACUUACACAGCGUAUUUGAGCAGCGCCAUUAAUCCCAUAAUAUUCAACGCUUUUAACAAGCCUUUUAGAAGRCAUAUGAAGAAGGAAUUGUUUCGACGCGGGAAAGUUCACAAYGAGAAGAUAACUGCCACUACUCGUACAGUUUCGAAGUAAAAAGAUGAAGAGCCUUGGAUACAACUCCUCCUUUUUUGGCUGAGAAUGGAAGAGGAUUCUGCUAGCAGCGUUUACAUAGCAAAAAUAUCUCGUUAUAAUAGAUGACAUGCCUAUGCCAGACCUAAUUUAAUGUACAAAAUCUUUAUUCAUCUUAUAAUUUAAUUAAAGAAUUUACAGAGACAGA